CUACUAUUGCUUUGCUUUAACAUUUUCUGAGGGUAAGCCUGUUUGGUUUUGAGAUACAAGCUGCAUGAACAACCUGCAGUAAUUGAAGGGAGUCAAAACUGUGGGGUCAGAACAUAUUUCAGAAAAGGCAUAGCAAAGAGAAAACUAGAAUCAGCACUUGCAGACACACUAUGCAGAAAAAAUAUCAGGAGAAGGCAAUGUUAUCAAUGCAUCUGGGUUGGAUCGCAGCUCUGUUCACUAUCUGAGGCUGCAAUAAUGGGCUGUGGAACCAGCAAAGUAUUACCAGAGGCACCAACAAACCGUUAUGUGGACUUUGUGAGAACCGUAGUGAGGUAUAACAACAAACUGAAAGCAUGUGAUGAUGAACCCCUCAAACCCCAAAGGAAUCAAAAGGGAGACUUCUGGAGGUUGCACGGCUACAGUGACCUCAGGUCACAUCUUCUCCAGAACUGUCAAGAUGAAGGCCAGAAAAAAGUAGCCAAGUACAGGGCCAGGUUUGACUGCAGGGUCACAGCAAGGUAUGACAUCAAGGCACUUAUUGGAAGAGGCAGUUUCAGCAGGGUUGUGCGAGUGGAACACAGAGCCACUAAGCAACCAUUUGCCAUAAAAAUGAUUGAGACUAAAGCCAAAGAAGGAAGAGAGGUAUGUGAAUCUGAGCUGAAUGUCCUUCGAAGGGUUAGUCAUCACAAUAUUAUUCAGCUUAUUGAAGUCUUUGAAUCGGAAGACAGAAUCUACAUGGUGAUGGAAUUAGCUACAGGAGGAGAACUUUUUGACCGCAUUAUUGCAAAAGGCUCUUUCACCGAGCGGGAUGCCACCAAGGUUUUAAAAAUGGUUUUAGAUGGGGUACAAUACUUGCACAGCUUGGGAAUUACUCACCGAGAUCUGAAGCCAGAAAACCUGUUGUAUUAUCAUCCAGGUGCAGAUUCAAAGAUUCUAGUUACUGACUUUGGACUCGCUAAGUCAGGCAAUAAAGGGAGAGACUGGACAAUGUCAACAACCUGCGGUACUCCUGAGUAUAUAGCCCCAGAGAUCAUACAAAGAAAACCUUAUACUAAUGCAGUGGACAUGUGGGCUUUAGGUGUAAUAUCAUACAUUUUACUGAGUGGAUCUAUGCCAUUUGAAGAGGAAAACCGCACAAGGCUCUACAGAAUGAUUCUAAAGGGCAAAUACAGCUACAUUGGUGAUCCUUGGCCUACUGUUUCUAACCUCGCUAAGGACUUCAUUGAUAGAUUGCUAAAUGUGGACCCCGAUAUGCGAAUGACUGCUUUUCUGGCUUGGAACCACCCCUGGAUAGCCUCAAUGGCUGCCGGUUCUUCUGUGAAGAACCUCCAUCGGUCCAUCUCCCAAAACCUGAUGAGAAGGGCUUCAUCCUCUUCUCCCAGCUCCAAGUCAGGUCAGUCAUCAAAAUCCAGCCGCUCAAACAGAUCCAGGUUUAUAUGGGAGAGGGAGACACUGGACUGCAGUCUUCGAUACCAGCCACAUUAUGAGCACUGACUCUGCCUGGAAUGCUUUACUUCUGGUUUAACAUUUUCCAGAUCCUUUCCUUAAUGUCUGUGGGGCAGCUAUUGUUGCACUUUCAUACUACUCAGCUUAAUGAGUAAUAACUGAGCUGUGAGCAUCUGUCAUCAUGGAGUUAAAAAAGAUGACUGUUUAGGAUAAACUUUUUAAAGCAACAUUGUAUGAUAACAGUAAAGAUAAGGACCAUUCCUGCAUCGUCUUUAACUGCAGAGAACAGCAUAACUUACUCUUAGCAAUAUACAGAUUUUGAAUUUCUUAGUCACUUUGCAUUGUCAUGGGAUUCAAGAUACACCACCUUAAAAUAUAUUACAUCUGAUUACAGUAGUGGGUCAUGCAAUGCUUAUGCUAUAUUGUGAAAUUAUUUAUAGAA